CCGAGUCAUCCCACAAACAGGUUUAUUGCUUGAAAACUUCGGUUCUACCUGGAAAGUUUUUACAUUUUUACCCCCAAACUAUCCGAACGUCUCCCGCAAAUUAAUAUGGGCCAAGACUACACGCCACCUACGGGUGUUCCUCCCACAUGGGGAAAUAAAGAGCAAGCCCCACCAACAUACAGUGCAGAGAACGACACCCACCUGAGUUCCUAUCCCCAGCAGGCCCACCAUCAACAGCAUAGCUAUCAACAAGAAUCCAACCAGGAGAGUUACCAGCAGCAGCAUAGCUACCAGCAAGGACCCAACCAGGGGGGUUAUCAGCAGGGCUAUCCUCAGCAGGGCUAUCCUCAGCAGGACUAUCCUCAGUAUCAGCAGGGCUACACUCAGCACCAGCAAGGCGGCUACUAUCCUCAGCAACAGCGUGGCUACUAUCAGCCUCAGCCCCAACCGGUCUAUAUCCAGCAGCCGGCGCAGCGGUCGGGCCAAGAUGACUUUAUGACCGCCUGUUGCGCAGGAUGCUGUGUCCUACUUACCUUGGACAUCUGUCUCUUCUAAGCGCAGCACAGUAGUCUGUAGUAUGCUUGAUAUCUCCAUUACCCUAAAACCAUUCUCUAAUUCUUUGAUUCCUGUGGCAAACUCCUGUCGGCGAUGCUACUAUUGCAAGAUGUUCUCUCAUAGGUUUCAGCUCUUCUCCCGGGGCCCUGGGACAAUGAUCUACGCUCUAUCCUCUUAAAACAAUCUCUUCCUUAUGGUUUCUACCAAAGUGUAACCUGACAUACAGUGCUAGUGAUUUUAAUGAAAUGCACGAUAUAAUACCUUAGUGUAGUAGUAAGGGUCUUA